ACUGUUCUCUCAACUUUACUACUUUUCAAGCUCCCAUUUCCCAAACAUCUCUCUAUCUCUCUCCCCCACCAAACAAGAAGCAGGUGGGGUAUACAUUACAACUUCCUUCCAUGGUCAUCUUUUACCUCCCCUUUUCUACUUUCAAGACCCUCACUCUCUCCUCUCUCUAGCAGAGCUUGAUUCUUAUACACCAAACCAUUAUCUAAACUCCAAAUAGACCCUAUCGUCUUACUCUCCCCUUGACAACUUCCUUUCAUUGGUUGGAUCUUCACCUCACCUCACCUCCCCUUUCUACUUUUCAAGACUCUCUCUCUCUCUCUCUCUAUAGCAGAGCUUGAUUAUAAUAGUAGAAGCCUGACCUAUGAUCUAAACUCCAAAGACCCUGUCCUCUCUCCAUAUAGACAAGUUCAUUUGUUUAGCUUCCAAGUCUCCUCUCUCUCCCUCUCUCUAUAGUUGAUAUUAGUAUAUGUAAUAAGGAGAGAUAAACAGAUCCAAAGGGCUCUCAUGCAGCAACAAUCCUAGCAAUUGCCAUGGACUCCAUCUUCCACCUUGAUGAUGGAGCCCGUGCCAGAUUUCUCCAAGAGAUAGUCCACUCUUUUGGCUUCACUUACAUUUGCCUCUGGUUAUAUGUCCCCCAACCAUCCCACUGUUUGAUCUCCAUGGAUGGAUUCCACAAUGAAGAGAACAAACAACCCAGCUCCUCCUCAGGAAGUGUUGCGCGGAGGCUCUUCGAUGAGUAUCGACAACGGAUAUUCAAUUUUCAAAACGGCCGGGUUCCAGGAGUUGUUUUCAAGAAUGGUCUUCACUACAUGGAGCUCAAGGAAUUGGAACUUCAAGGACUAGCCUCUGUCGAUGUACAAUUGCAAUUCUAUCGGGAAGCUAGGAUCAAGACUGCUAUAUUUAUGGGGUGCACGACUGGAGAGAUUGAGCUUGGCAUGUCUAAUGAUCCUCAAAUGAACUUGGAAAUGGAGAUGAAGAACUGGUUCCUAGAAGAUUUCUCCCGCCCAGCGCGGCCGCCCAUAGAGCUUCCUCCCCAUCCGACCGAUCAAAACCGCCCUUCAUCAUCUUCAUCAUCCUUACGAUCGCUCUCCACAGACAGCCCCGAGCCCUCUCCUUUCCUCUUCAACAUCCCAAGCACAUCCUAUCUUCCAGAACCACCCAUGGAAUCAAAUAUCGAACAAGCACUGAGGCCAAUAUCCACUUCAUCGAUUAGUCCCCUUGAACAUACCACACAAGCUUUUCGCCACAUCCUAAACCCUCAAUUCCCAUCACAACAAGAAAGCAACGAAGCUUCAGCAAUGGCUAAAGCAUUCCUCACAGUUAUAUCUUCUUCUGCUUCUCCAUCUUCUUCUUCUUCGUCACAUCAACGACUGCCACAAACUGUGCCUCCAAAUUACCCGUUGAGCCAAAAGACCGGCGCGUUCAAGAGUUAUAGAUCGAGUUUGGGAGCUUUGACACCUUUGACGGCUAGAGCUCGAAGGCAGAAUUUGCAGAAAAGAGCAAUUUCUUUCUUUAGAACAUUGAGUUUGAUGAAAAUUCAAGAGAGAGUGCAAGGAACCAGACCCACAAGCACUCAGUUACACCACAUGAUCUCAGAGAGGAAGAGGAGAGAGAAGCUCAAUGAUAGCUUUCAGGCCUUGAGAUCACUACUUCCUCCCGGAACAAAGAAGGACAAGGCAUCAGUGCUUGCUGGCACAACUGAGUACUUGACAUCUUUGAAAGCUCAAGUUGCAGAGCUCACUAAAAGAACUCAGAGCUUGGAGGCACAGAUUUUGCCUCCAAGAGAAGCAAAUGAAGAAGUGAGUGUGCCCUCUUCAUCAUCAUCAAAUCAAAGGCUAGAUGUUCUAAUCACAAAUGUAUCUGAACUAACAUCAGAAUCAAGAAUCAUAGACUUGCAAGUGAUUGUGAGAAGAGAUUGCAACAUGUUGGAUUUGGUGAUUCGGAUCAUGGAGUUUUUGAAGCAAGUUAAGAAUGUCAAUUUGAUCUCUGUCGAAGCAGAUACAAGAGUGGUAGAAACAAAUUCUAUCAAUCGUGUCGUGUUGAGAUUGAGAAUUGAGGGAGGUGAUUGGGAUGAGUCUUCCUUCCAAGAAGCCGUGAGAAGGGUGGUUGCUGACCUGGCACAGUGACAGUUGGACCCAUCCAGCACUUGACACCUGUACUACAAGGAGAGGGAGAGGAAUUUUACAACUAUAUACCAUCUUUAAUAUAUAUACCACUUCAUGUAUUAACUCAUCAUUAGUAUAAUAGAUGUCACUACUCAUUUUUAUCUCUAA